AUGGGCCUGCAGCUGGCAGAGAGCCGGGCAGAGGCAGCCCUGGAGAAACAGGCCCUGCUGCAGGCCCAGCUGGAGGAGCAGCUGCGGGACAAGGUGCUCCACGAGAAGGACCUGGCCCAGCAGCAGAUGCAAAGCGACCUGGACAAGGAUCACCUCAGUGCCAGGUGGGUACCUGGUGGGUGCUGCACGCGGCAGGCGUCCCUGCAGAAGAGUGGGCCUGGCAGUGGAGCAUCUUCAGAAGCAGAAUCUGGAGAAGGAUCAGGUCAACAAGGACCUCACUGA